AUGGACGAGGUCGUGAAAAUCCUCCUCCUGGGCCCCUCCAAGAGCGGGAAGACCACCAUCGCGAACUUCCUCGGCGCGGAGCGCGACACCCCGAGCAGCCGUUACUACGAGACACGGCCGCUGCGCGUGAUCGAGAGCGAGUUCGCCGUGGAGUCGGUCAAACUGGACCACCGCCGCGUGGUCUUCGCGGGGGGAAAUGCGAAGACCAAACGCGUGCGCGUGCAGCUUUGGGACCUUGGCGGGAGCCCGAAACAUCAGACCUGCUGGCCCGCGGUCGCGGAUCGCGCGGAUGGCAUCAUCUUUGUGUUUAACCCGGAGAUCAAAAACAGCUCAAAGGAGCUGUCUCUUUGGUAUAAAAAUUUCGCCAUCAAUCAGAACGAGAUCGAGGAAGGGGGAAAGAGUGUGCACCGCGUGCGUGAUGAGCACUGCCUUAUUUUUGCUCAUCAUUCCACCAAUCCCAAGGGCGAUAUGGGAGAGGGGGUGAUUCCCCCUAUGCCGAACGAUAUGGGUGGAAUCAAGGUUUUGGAGACAUCACUUGAUUACCACAGCGAAAACUUCAAGCAUGUCUUUGACAAAUUACUUGAAAGCAUUGUGGUAUAUCGAAUGGGCGCUGAGGAAGACGAGCUCCUCCGUCAAGAGAGGGAGUCCUCGGAUCAACCGCAGUUUAUUUAUUAA